ACUUCUCCAAAAUUCUUGGUUUUUGGACAGCUUUGAUGGACAUGGGUUGAAACGAAUAUGCCAGCAAGAUAAUCGACUGCUCAAAUCAGUGAAAGCGUAAAUAUGAUAGAAAGGUCAGUCUUUAAAAUGUCCGUGAAUAAGGAUUUAUUGCCGGUGACUGUUUGUUGGACAUUUAAAGAUAUGCAGUAAACACAUUUCAUUUAAUGAGCUUAUUUUUUGUCACAUAAGGGCUAUUACAUUAAAAGAUUAAUACCCCAGGGAUUAAAUAACUUUUCUUUAGAUGAUGAUAAUAUCGGUGAAAAAGGUAUUCCAGAAACUAAUCCUGCCAGACCACAUUUCAAUAACAAAUUGAAAACAUAUUGCAUUAAAUAUACUGAACUAAUAAUUUUAAUUUUAAAAAUAAACUGCUUAACUGUUUCAUGCAUAUCUAGUUCAAGAGUGUUUCAUAAACUAGAACUUAAUAGCUUUAAAAAAAUGAAGCAAUUUUUAAAAUUAAUUAUUUAAUUAAUUGAUUAAUCAGUUGACUAUCUAAUGUAAUUUUAAUGUUUCUUCUUUUUUUUUUUGCUUUCGCUGAUAAAGACCAAGGUAGGAAAUUUUUUUCUUUGCACUAGAGUAUUACAUUAAAAGAUUAAUUCCCAAUUCAAUUCAAUUCAAUUCAAUUUUAUUUUUCACACUUUAUAAAAUAUUUACAUUACAUAUAGUAAGGUAGGAAUACACUAAUAAAGGAGAAGAAGAAGGGAAAAAAAGAAAAUUAAUGGUUUGGGUAGAAGUGUAUGGUGGUCAGAGGAGCUUAGCUUUUGAGCUAACCACCGCUAUAUUAUGAGUGGAAAUACAUAAUAAACGUGUGCUUGGUGCCAUGGCAACUAUGGACGAUUAUGCCAGCAGUCAGGUUAUGUGAGACAGUCAUAUUACAAUUGUUACCAUUGAGAGUUAACUAGAAUUCGCUUAUAUUCUUUUUUGAACUUGUGGUAGCUAAGUGUUUUUAUCUUAGUAGGAAUCUCUUCCCAAGUUUUGGUUUUGGCAAACUUAAGUUUCUACAGAUGAUGAUAAUAUUGGUGAAAAAGGUAUCCCAGAAAGUGUAGUGUGAAAGUUCUAAAGCUGGUCUCACCCAUUUUUGUACAGCCAUUGACGAGGUUGAUCAAUUUGUCUAUACAGAGUGGCUGUUUUCCAACUAAAUGGAAAAUGGCGCACGUCUACAAAAUGGUUUUUGUAGACUUUAGAAAAGCGGUUGACGUUGUUGAUCAUCAGUUGCUUCUUACGAAACUGCGCCUGUAUAGAGUGAGUGAUCCUUCGCUGUUAUGGUUUGAAUCAUAUCUUUCUGGUCGCCAACAGUUUGUCAGUGUUGACGGUCAAAGAUCAGACUCUCUACUUAUCAAGCAAGGGGUACCGCAAGGAAGCGUCUUAGGUCCCGCACUGUUUUUGUUAUUUGUGAAUGACAUUCCAUUACAUCUAACAAAUUCAACUGUGGACAUUUACGCUGACGACACUUCAAUAACCACAAGUGCGCAUUUCUCGGAUCUGUGCUCGAUGACGCAACAUUUAAAUUCCGAUCUUGAUGCGGUUCAUAGAUGGGCGUCCUGCAACAAAAUGUUCAUCAACAAGAAAAAAACGAAGUCUAAACUGGCUCUCUAAUAAAGAGAUGUGCACUAGUGUAUAAGCAGGUCCACAAUAAUAAUUAUUAUAUUACACCUAUUUAUUUGAAUAGUCUAUUAGUCAGAAAUUCAGAAAUUCAUAAGCAAGCCACUAGACAUUCAAACAUAAAUCUGGUGUGCCCCAAGUAUAAACGAAAAACAGAAGGAGGUCGUACUUUCACUAUUAGUACUAUAAAGGACUGGAAUUGCAUGAAUGCCAAUAUAAGGAAUAAUGGCUCGCUAGCAAGUUUUAAGCAUAACGUUUUUAAAUCCUUUCUAGCUGAACAAAAGGCUGCGAUGUUCCUUAGACUGUAAUUGUAUAUACGUUUUAAGUUGUUUUAAUCUAUCUUAGUCAAAAUGUCUUUUUAGAAAUUAUCUAUUUUAUUUUAUCCUAAAUUAUCUUUGAAAAUAGUAUAUUUUAUAUUUUUUAGUUGUAGAAUCUAUAUUUGUAAUUUGUUUUGAGGGACACAGAGUCAUCAGUGUCUUAAGACUACUGUUAAGACAUUACUGUUUUACCCUCUUUAAAUAAAGCCUCUUAUUAUUAUUAUUAUUAUUACUAAUCCUGCCAGACAUUUCAAUAACAAAUUGAAAACAUAUUGCAUUAAAUAUACUGAACUAAUAAUUUCAAUUUUAAAAAUAAACUGCUUAACUGUUUCAUGCAUAUCUAGUUCAGGAGUGUCUCAUAAACUAGAACUUAACAGCUUUAAAAAAAUGAAGCAAUUUUUAACAUUAAUUAUUUAAUUAAUAAAUUAAUCAGUUGACUAUGUAAUGUAAUAAAAAAAGAAGAAACAUUAAAAUUAUUUUAAUGUUUCUUCUUUUUUUUUGGCUUUUGCUGACAAAUAUCAAGUUAGGAAAUUGUUUUUUCAUUGCACUGGAGUGUAAAAUUCUAUUUACUUUGCUUUUCAUUCAGGUAUGAAACUUGAAAAGGAACAUUCCAAUACAUUAAAGCUGGAUGGCAAACAAAGCAGAUAUACUGACAUCGUCAUUCGUCCUUUUGAGCCAUGUGAUACCGAUGUGGUUCGUAACAUCUUUGCUGAAAGCAUGGGAGAAAUGCGCAGUCCCCUAGUCCGAGAUGUCAUGUACCAAGCCAUUGUUUAUGGAUUAUAUUUAUCAUUACCAGCAGCAGUGCUAAGUGUUGUAUGGUUUUCUUGGUUUUUAGCACUUUAUUUUAUCAUUCUCAUUUUCAUUUUAAUUGUUUUGUUUGCUGUGUUACACAUUGGUUUCUCAAGGUACAUUCAACGAUGUUUAGACACUGAUCUAGGAGACAUAAAACAUACAUAUUUCCAGCAAAAGUUGUCGCACUUGUGGGUUGCAGAGUGCAACCGAACAGUAAUUGGUAUGGUAGCUCUCGUUCCCGAUAUUGACCAUGAAGGAUGCUUUGGAAAGUCUGGGGAAGUUGUCGGAAGGCUUCGGAGAAUGGCUGUUUUACCAGAAUUUCGUAGAUUAGGUGUCGCCAAACAACUUCUUGACACACUUCUGUCUUAUGCAAAGCAAGUUGGGUAUAAACAAAUUGUUUUGCUGACAACCAGCGCUCAAGAAGCCGCUAUUAAAUUUUACACAAAGCACGACUUCCAACUGGUAUCAAAGAGACUUGCCAACAGAGCAAUGAGAGGAUUUUACCAUUUUGAUUAUUCUUAUGACCUUGAAAGAUGGAAAUAAAAUAAGUACCGUAUUUAUUCGAAUGAGCGCCCAACCUCGAAUUAGCGCCCACCUCGAAUAAGCGCCCAUCCUAAAGGCCGAAAAAGUUAAUAAGCGCCCAGCCUUGAAUAAGCACCCACCCCCUCCUCCUCCCAAUCAUAUCAAACUCAAAUAGGCGCUCACCCCCACCCCACCCACUUGAGUGAAUAAAUUCUAACUGAGAGACCUCCCUGAGGAAGGAGUUUUCUUCAGAGUAUUUUACAGAAACCUUGCUUUGUUACUUCUUCGCGUUUUGUUAUUAGUAUUUAUUGUUUUGUUGCAAAAUAAACAUACUUCACUUGCUUAAAAUGGUGAAAAUUUAAUAAGCACCCAGCCUCGAAUAAGCGCCCACCUGGAAUAAGCGCCCACUCUCAAGGUCCAAAAAUUUAAUAAGCGCCCAGGGCGGUUAAUCGAAUAAAUACGGUAUUAAACAUAAUAAAUAUCAUUAUUUAUUAUAAAAAUUCCUAAAGACAGGCUGUUACAGUCACAUACCGAGAGGUUUUUCACCCAGCUGUUGUUCAAUAGGAAUCCCGGGUUUUUGUAAUCCAGAAUACUUCGUAAGAAAUCCGGAAUCCCAAUAAUGAUUGAAAUCCAAGAUCCACUGGCAAAGAAUCUGUAAUUUAGUACCUGGAAUCUGGAAUCCACAGCAUGGAAUCCAGAAUCGAAGUCUGUCUUGGAUUCCCUUACAUUGGGCGAAGUGUAAAAUAAGGGAAACAGCUGGUGUAAGAGACAAAUAUCUUUCACCAUUUUAUAUUUACAGUGAAACCUGUAUUAAGCGGACACCCUCGGGGAAUGCUGUAGUGUCCGCUUAAUACAGGGUGUCCGCCUAAUACAGGUUUCGAUAUAUAAC